UUGGCUGGUUAGUGAUCAGAUACACUUUCAUUUUCUCUUUUGAUUAAAAAAAAUCUUCUGCUUGUUGCAAGACCUUUCGUUGUCCACUGUGGGUUGGUCAACUUCUUUAGGUGCAAAACUACAAAUAGAUAAGUUCAGAGAACAAUCUCUUUUCGAAAAAAGCUAAUUGGCCUAACCCAUUGCAUUCAAAGACGUUGAAUGUAGGCUUCCUUGGUCUUUCACUGUCCAAAAUAAAUGACCUAAUUUGGAGAAAUGAUAGCAAUAUGAUAAAUAGAUAAGUUUCUGCUGUCUGCGCCUUUAUGAAUACUUUAAUGUUGUACAGCAACUACGAUGUUUGUAUGUUCUCCACCAACUCCACAAGUGCUAUUAACUUGAACCCCACGAAACAUGUGCCUCUAGUGGCUUUCUGUUUAUGCCCAUCUGAAGUAUGCCUUUUCUCCAUAAAACCAGAACCAUACAUUCUACUACUUGCAAUCUAUCUUUAAUUAUGUCCAAACUCCAUUUCUCUUGAACCCGAGGAGCCAAUGUACGAAUAACCUGCUUCUUGUUUGUCAUGAUCUUGACAUAAUUGUUGUUUCACAGAUGGAGCAAAAGUUGAGAUGAAAAACUAUGUGUUAGGCAUAGCCAGGUAGAUUGUAAUCAUGAUAAUCGCGAUAUCAAUGAUAUUGCUCUUUGUUGGGAUCGGAAUUCUGAUCCUGAUUCACAUCUGUAUCGUUGGGAGAGCAUACAGACGAGGAAUUGGAACUACUAACAUAGUAGAAAGAGGCAUCUUAGCUAGCAACAGCAUGUCCCAUGAGGACAUAGAAAAGCUUCCUUCUUAUGCCUUUCAGUCCAAAGAUAAAGGAACUAGUCCAAUUGAAUGUGCAGUUUGUUUGGAUAAUCUCAAAGUAGGUGAAAAGUGCAGAUUGUUGCCUCUUUGCAAUCACAGUUUUCAUGCUGAAUGCAUAGACUUAUGGCUCUUGAAAACAUCCAUUUGUCCAAUGUGCAGAGCUACUGCUGAUUUUCUCAAGGGUGGAUCGAUAUCUGGUGGAGAAAGUAGCCGAUACAGUGAAAGUGGAAGGCAGGAAUUAAACGCGGAAACUGCUGAAUUAGCAAUGAUAUUGGUACCAGAGAGUGACAUUCAUGUCAACAGCUUAAGCUUUGAGACGAGAACAAGUCAGAGUACAGCCCAAGACAGUGAGCAAUUGAGUGGAAUUGGUCCAAUAGAUAUCCAAAUUACUAGUGAAGUUAAUGUGAACAUUAGUGAGAAUUCUAAUGAGUUGAGAUCAAUUACCCAAACUAUAGAAAGUAUAAAUUUGGUUCAUGAAGAAAUACAACAAUCAAGAAACACCCAAACAGCUCAAUUAAGCUAAUUAAAUAGCUUGAUCAGAGUUGACAGUCAUUAUAUAGGUAUGUUGCUUAAUUCACCAAGAAAAUAUUUCUUUGAAUGUAAAACUAAUAUAUAUAUUUUGAUUAUAUAUAAAGGUUUGUUGUUAAUUGUUUGCAAUCGAGGCACCAUAUACAUGU